CUGAGCCGAGCCGAGCCGAGCUGAGCUUGGCUUAGUUUAGCGGCACCAUGCUGGGCAUGAUCAAGAACUCCCUGCUGAACACGGUAGAGGCAUGGCCCUACCAGGUGCUGAGCAAAGGGGAGAAGGAGCAGCUCAGCUACGAGGAGAGGGCGUGCGAGGGCGGGCGGUUUGCUGUGGUGGAGGUGGUGGGGAAGCCGUUUGACGAAGCCUCGAAGGAAGGGGUGCUCAAGCUCCUCAAGUACGUCGGAGGAACCAACAACAAGGGGGUUGGAAUGGGCAUGACUGCUCCUGUCUCCAUGACUGCUUUUCCUGCUGAAGAUGGCUCCUUACAGCAGAAAGUGAAGGUCUCUCUGCGGAUCCCAAGCCAGUUUCAAGCCAACCCUCCUUGUCCUAAUGAUGAAAGCAUUAAGAUUGAAGAGAGGCAGGGGAUGACCAUUUAUUCUACGCAGUUUGGCGGCUAUGCCAAAGAGACAGAUUAUGUGAUCCAUGCUGCCAAGCUGAAGUCUGCUCUGGGAAGUGAAGCUGCAUACCGCAAGGAUUUCUACUUCUGCAAUGGUUACGACCCCCCUAUGAAGCCUUAUGGGCGACGCAAUGAGGUCUGGUUUGUGAAAGAGUGAGAAUUUGGCUCCCUGUGGUGCUGGCUCGCACUGAUAAUCCCCCCAUGCUGUAUUACUGUCCUCUUCAAAAUAAACUAAUAAUUUAGCAGAGACAGAAACCCAUCAUUCCUUUCCUCCACACCUAUACCUUUGUCUUUUAUGGACCAACCAUUUUAGAAGAACACUGCAACCCCCCUGUGACGGUCCUGCUUCUUCGUUUUGGACCAGGUCCUCAACGACACAGACUCUUGUGAUCUCUCUGUGGCUUGCUUUUAUCUCUCUUGUGCUCCCAGAGUUUGAUGCUGAGACAGCCAAAAGUACUUAAUUAGCAAGACUGGUGCCUGACAGGAGUCACGUCCAAGUGCUGGCAGGCUAUUAGUCUCACCUGAGGCAGGCAGGGGAACAUGACAAAAGUGCAUACAGAGACUUUUUUUUAUCUUCUUGAGCUUGCUGCAGCUGUAAAACAUUGCUUUUAUCUGUGCCGUUUUAAAAGGACUCUAAAGGGACAUGGGUGUUGCUACCAACACAGUGCGGUGAAAAUAAGCAUCCUUUAGAUUGACUCAUAGUGUGCAGGAGAGCAAUGCUUCUGUCAUCUGACUGAGAAAUGUCAUUUAGAGGAAGAUCCAGGUUUCUGUUUUCAGGUGUCCUUCUGUCUGAGGUGAGACAUUUUGAGGUGUGUUAUGUCCUGUUCUCAGAUAGCAGCUGGACAGCGUGAUGUGGAGACCCCAAGAUCACUUCUCCUCACCUUCCUGUUAUUUGUAUGUAACACUUCUUUAAAACUAGCCUACACAAGGGCCAGAGCUGAAAUGUGUGAAGUAAUGUAAUUGAAUUAGAAAAAUACAGGCUGUGAAAAAAGCAGGUGCCUAUUGUGAUCUGAGGGUGCAUUUGAAGAAUGAGCAUCUAGUUGGGUGCAGAUCUUCUAAAAAACCUCUCUUAGAUAGUGUUAGUUUCUGAAGACGUACUUAGAGCAGCAGUCUUCUUUAAAGGAGGAGGAAAACCUGGCUGUUCUUGAAAACAGGAAUUUAUGUCAGAUAACAAGUAGACUUUUGGAAACCUCAAAUGCAAAUGAAGGGGUAGGUCUUGUUUUAAGAAGACUGUCAAUGUUUCAUUGUUAGGUAUCAAACCAGAAUUUUAGCCAUUGGCUCUGUCAGGGAUGCAGCAGGAUGCCCGCAGAGGGAACACGCUCACAUACCAUGCUACUAUGGGUACUUGUAUAAUUCAUUACCUCCACUGAAACAGCUGUGCUCCUCUAAUGCUUAAGUGUCCCAAAGUUCAGGCACUUUCAAAAAGCUGUUUUCCCCCUGGAGCUGAAAGAGAUUUGUCAGAUGGCAUCCCAGGUUCUGGCUGGUCAAGCUGUUUGAUCUGUGCCUGCUUUCUGAGAACAUAGCACUAAAAGGAAAAAAUCUGAGGUUCUGAUGUGCUUUCCUUUUCUCUCUUACUGAACCAUAUAAGAGCUUUGCUGUGGACCUCACGAGAGAGUUUCAGGCACUCGUGUGCAAGAGCAGCUAGUCAGGUUGAGUAAAAAGGGCAGAAAGACUUAAAAAAAAAAAAAAAAAAAAGGAAAAUUGGCUGCAAUUAGUGAUUGCAGUGCAGGGGAGGAGGAAUCAAAAGGGAAAUCAAGGCAGACAAAGAGAUAGGCUUUUGAAGGAGCUUUUGAAGGAGAAAACUCCCUUCUAAGGCUGUCCCUGAAUCCAAAGGGAGCUAUUCAUGUCCCAGAUUAUUUUUACCUGUGUGGGUGGGGAAUGGAGAGGCAUAGUGCUGCCCAGUUUAUGCAUUCUCAGGUUAAUUUUUGAACUUGCACGUGGACUGUGGAUACAGUCCUUUCUGGGCACUAGUGGUGAAUGUCCUGCAAUGAUCAAAAUACUGAAAUUUCUCAAAAUUUCUCCUGUGAAAUCUCAGAUGUUAAGACCAAUAAUAAAUCUGGUAUGCACAGAGCUGCAAAUUUCAGCAGCAUGGAGUUUUUUUCAUAACAUGCAUACUUUCUGAACAGAGAACGAGAGCUUCUGACCCAACAUUGAG